AUGUCUGCGCCUAGCUCAACUACUCCACCUUCCCCAACCGUGUCAAAUGAUGCACAGCCGAAGAAAUCAAGAUAUCCUUAUAUCGGUAAAGAGAUCCCAAUUGAUCCCCAAGUGAUAAACCAAUUAGAAGAACAAGCCACGAUAGUGGCUGAAAAUCUAGACACAAUGAUGAAGAAUGUACAAGAGAGAAUGUAUGAGGCAUGUAAUGCAACCCAACUCUCCUUCACUGUGUACGAACAGUCAGUCGAUGACUACGAAUCGGCGAUCAACGAGGCCGCCAAAAACACGAGAAAAUUGAUUGAGUUGUGUGAUGCAUUGAACCAAGAAUUCAACGGGGUUUCCGCUUUGGCGAGUAAAAUGUGA